GGGAAUGUAUGGAUAACGGAACAUGGGCGCUGAAGAGUAAUUACUCCAACUGUGAACCCAUUUUGGAGGAGAAGCUGUAACAAUAAAGAAGUAAUUCAUGGGCUGUCUUUUCAGAGAAAAUAUCCGAUGCAUUAUAAAAUAGCGCUGAUCAUCAACUACUUAGGCCAUUGCAUCUCUGUGGGAGCUCUUGUCGUGGCCUUCAUUCUCUUCUUGUGCUUAAGGAGCAUACGAUGUCUUCGAAACAUCAUCCACUGGAACUUAAUCACCACCUUUAUACUGAGGAAUGUUAUGUGGUUUUUGCUUCAGCUGAUUGACCACAAUAUCCAUGAGAGCAAUGAGCCUUGGUGUCGCUUAAUAACGACAAUAUACAACUACUUUGUGGUGACAAACUUUUUCUGGAUGUUUGUUGAAGGAUGCUACCUUCACACAGCCAUUGUAAUGACAUAUUCAACUGAUAAGCUGAGAAAGUGGGUCUUCCUGUUUAUCGGCUGGUGUAUUCCGUGUCCUAUAAUUGUGGCUUGGGCCAUAGGAAAGCUGUAUUAUGAAAAUGAACAAUGCUGGUUUGGUAAAGAACCUGGAAAAUACAUGGACUACAUUUACCAGGGACCUGUUAUUCUUGUGCUUUUGAUAAACUUUGUUUUCCUCUUCAAUAUAGUUCGAAUUCUUAUGACCAAACUAAGAGCUUCAACCACAUCAGAAACAAUACAGUACAGAAAAGCCGUGAAAGCAACACUAGUCUUGCUACCUCUGCUCGGCAUCACCUACAUGCUCUUCUUUGUGAAUCCGGGGGAGGAUGACAUCUCGCAAAUUGUGUUCAUCUAUUUCAACUCCUUUCUACAGUCUUUUCAGGGGUUCUUUGUGUCAGUGUUUUACUGCUUUCUAAACGGAGAGGUUCGCUCAGCAGUAAGAAAACGGUGGCACCGCUGGCAGGACAACCACGCUCUUCGAGUUCGAGUGGCACGAGCCAUGUCUAUCCCGACCUCUCCGACCAGGAUCAGCUUCCACAGCAUCAAACAGACCACAGCCGUGUGACCACAGAAACACGCAAUCUCCAUACUGAUUCCUCCAGCAAGGUCGCUGUUUGUCCGGUAUGACUAAGGAGUCAUGCGAUUUAUUUUGCCUGGUGACAAAAGUUCAUUUUAACUGCACAAAAAUGACAUGAAGUUCUCGUUAUAAGGUACCGUUCGGGACGUAGACGGGCUGGGUUUUUCGAACCAACGAAAUGGUUCAAUGGUCACAUUACAGCAGGUUUGACUCUAUAAUUUUAGUGUUGUUACUGGUUAUGAGUACUUGAAAUUUGACUGACCAUGACGCAUUCAUAUGUUGCCAAAACUGCCAUUUGUAUCUAUUAUGAUAAAAAUGCUAAACUGCUCUUUGAAUGACCUGCUCUUUAUCAGCAGCUUAAUUUGACAGAAAGAAGCUUUUUGGUAAGGAAGAAAACAGAAAACAGCACAGAGUAAAAACAAAAUAAUAAAAAAUGAGUCAUAACACUCUGAAGUGAAAACAAUUUAACGUACAGUCAUCAACUGCUUUUUUUUUUUUUAACUAAAACACAAUCUCAACACAUGAUGUUUUGGUUAAUGUGAGAUGUGGCUAUUUUAUACAAACAAGCCAUUGUUAAGAAGCUUUUAUAAUGUGUCUUUUUUUAAAAUCAUUUUUCUUCUUUCUUUUUUACAUCUUUCUUACUGUUGUAAACAUUGGUAAAUACUUUUCCCCCCCUCUUUGUUCUGAGGAUUUGAUUUUACAACUAUUUUUAUUUCCUUUUGUUAGACUUGGUCUUAUUUUUUUGUUGCUUUUUUUUUUACUGUGCAAGGAAGGUGUUGACAUAAAGAGCAAUUUAACGUGUUAUGUGUUUGAACUCCCCGAGAGCGAUAAAUGAGCGUCCCCAACUUAGAGUUCUCUUGCAGACGAGGAAAGGUAUGAUUAUAUAUACAUUAUUUUAUGGAGCCAAGUGAUUCUCAUUUAUGUAAUCUGUUAAGUGCUGUGCAUGGAUUUAUCAUGCAGGCACAGUGGAAGCAGAUUAAAUUCUUUUGGCUUUACGAAAUCCUUGUGGCUUCCUUAUAAUCAGUGUCACAUAAGAAGCUUCUGGGUCAAAGGAAGAGGAGCUUGACAAUAUGAGGACCGAUCCUUUUCCUAAACCCUUGCUCUGGUGAGAUCAAACUUCUGCUUGCCUGUAACCCCGGCUCUUACACCUCCUAAGGCUGCUCACCCAAUAGUAAUUUAAACAGCCAUGUAUGGACAGAUAAUAAUAAGGGAGGAAAUGUUUGUUAUGAAAAGGUUUAUCGAUCAAUUACAGCAAGCUUACAUUUUGAUGCACAUAUUCCCUUCUGUGUUGAUAGAUUAGCUACACAUCUGUUAAAUAAAAACUGUCUGACAUUUGAUGGGUGGCAAAAUCAGCACCCCUCAUUUCUGUUUGAUGUGUGUUUUGUGUGGAUUUAACAAUAACGCUUAAUACUGUGAUUGAGCUCUAGAGGGGUCAUUAAGAAGAUUUUGCAAGCUUCGGACAGAAAGUGGAUGACCUUCCAAUGUUUUAUUUAUUUAUUACUUUUAUGUAUUUAUUUCAGAUGAUAUUUGCAUUGAUAUCGGGGUUUGUAUUUAAAAGUGUCACAUAAAACAUCCAGAAUUUAUUUCAAAAACUGAACCCAUGUGAAGAUGGUGUACAUAACACAAAAUAUUUAAUCACAUCUUGAUGUAAAAAAAAAAGUAUUUUGUAAACUUUUGCUACAUUACAACAUCUGUUUCUGUUGAUCUUAGUUCAUUUUUGCUGUUGCUGCUUGAUGACGCUUGAUGUUAGCUGGUAAAUACUGAUCACCUCUCAUUAUUUACCCAUUAAUAUAUAACUCUGAUCAAGGGCGUCAUAAGUUAGCCAUGACAUUGCGCACCCUCCCAAGACUUCAAUAUGUUACAUACAUACAAAGUGUACCACAUUACAUUACAACUGUGACGUAUUUUCAUAAAGAAACUUUUUUUAAACAAAUGUGAAUAAAAUACAAAUAAAACUAUAUUUUAUUUGAACUCACCAAAGAGAGAAACCAUGUUUACUGACAUACUGACUUUUUAACUGCCUAUGUAUUUCUAUUAUUUCCACUGGACUUUGUCGACCAAAUCUUGUUUAUUUUGUACAUCGUUUGUUGUACAUGAUGUGUAUUCAGUGCUGUUUGAUGUCAGACAUAAUUUUAUAAAAACUCUUUGUUGAACAACCCAGGUUGCCUUAUAAACAAAAGAAAAAAAAGUUUUGUGAAAAUGAAGCCGUUGUCUCUGUAAAUCAUGUAUCUUUGUGUUACUUGUAUAGACUUGGACUGUAUGUGUGAAAAAAUGAUUUUGAUUAAAAUUGUACUUUAAAUUAUAUAACACACUAUAUAUUUUGGAGGGGGGCAUUUCAGUGCAUUGGGUCCAUACAGUUUGAAAAUCUUACAAAAGUCACAGAUUGCACUAAUAGAAUCUGUUCAGCUGAUUCAUUUGCUGUGUAUCUCCCUCACCUCCAGGCACUUUAUAAAAUAAAUACAGCAGUUUUAUAAUGAUCCAAUCUCAUACUUAUUCUUCUGAUAGACUGAACGACUGCUGCUUCACUGGCAUUUCCUGAUCUGAAAUUGUAGUUUUUACUCACAGAAUGGAAGACACACUCAGAGAGCACUUGCUAGACACUGUUUCAUACACUUCAGGCUUGACUGGAGUGAAAUGGAGCAGAAACUACAGCCUAUCCCCAGAACCCUCAGGAUUUGAGUUAUACAUCCCCAAACAAUCGGCCGGGACUCUGAUGUAGCCCAAUCAAGCCUUAUUGUGACAAUUAACGUUUCUAAUGGUUUCCAGCAUUGCAAAAGAUAGACAAUGCUAUCAGAUUCUUCAGUAUCAUGCCAGACGUGUGCAGCACAUCUGCACAGCAUCAUGGAUUAUUUGCCCUGAACUCCCAUGUGUCUGCAUUAAACUGCAUUCCACAUUGCAUCAACCAAAAAUAAAUAACCAGCAUGACAACAAAAGGCUGCCACUAAGCCUCGAAUUUCAAAAUAAACCCAUCUGUAAUGUAAUAUUUAUAUCUUAAGCUCAGAUAAACUAAUAAAU